GUGUGUGUGCCAGUAUAUGUGAACAGCCAGCUAGGAAAAUUGUGCAUGGAAAAUCAGAAAAAUCUUUCUUAAAACAACGUGAAAACGCAAGCCAUGAAUCAAAGAUAGCGUAUACAGUCCAAUCAAAUAAUAAAUCUCAAACGUAGCACAAACAACUGAAACAUCAGAAGUAUAUAGUGAUUUUUUAAUUUUUCGACUUCGUAUUGUGUGUUUGACAGACGAAAAAUCGAUCCAAACGAUGCGAAUCAACACAAAAUUAUAAGUUUUUUCUCGAAAUAGUAGUGCAAAAUAUCAUAUAAACAUUAUUUACAUGUAAAUUUAUAUAUACAUACGUGCAUAUGGUGUAUAUAUAAACGAAACGGCUAAUUUCAUUAGUAAAAGUUGGAAAAUAGUGAGCGGUAGGGAAAGAGAAAGAGAGUGACCAAAUAUUGAGUUGAAUUGUUAAAAUGUCGCGCUUAACUGAGGAAAUGGUGAUUGCCCGUGCCAAGCAAUCGGACCUGGGUCUUAUUAAAAAACUCAAUUGCUGGGGCAGUGAUCUCACCGAUGUCAAUAUAAUUAAGCGAAUGCACGGUGUUGAAGUUUUGGCGCUUAGCGUCAACAAAAUAUCCACCUUGGCACCCUUUGAAGACUGCACAAAACUACAGGAGCUGUAUUUACGUAAAAACAAUAUACAAAAUAUCAAUGAAAUUGGUUAUCUACAAAACUUACCAGCGCUCAAAUAUCUCUGGCUAGAGGAGAAUCCAUGCUGUGAGAGGGCUGGGCCCAAUUAUCGCUCGAUUGUGUUACGCGCCUUGCCCAACCUAAAGAAACUGGAUAAUGUGGAGGUGACUCCGGAGGAGCUCGAAGCAGCCAUACGCAACACCGGCCCUCAGCAGGCCGACGAUGACGUCUAUGAGGAUGCGUAUGAGCCAAAACAGCAGCAGCACCCGCACCCCCAACAGCAGCCGCAACUGCAGCGCUCCUCGCCUCAGCAGAUACAGCAACAACAACAGCAACAGCAGCAUCAACAGGGCUAUCCACAGCAAUCACCGCGACAGCAACAGUCAUCUCCGCAGCAGCAGCCACCACAACUGUCGCACAGGGGCAGUUCGAGUCCCUUAAAAGAGGAAUGUCAUUGCUGCUCGUCAUUUAACAAAGCACAUUUUUCUAUCCUAAUUACUAACAAGCCGCCACAGUUAGCAAGCCCACUUGCCAAUAACUCCGAUGGAACGAAUAACGGGGCGAAUAAUGUCAGCGAUUUAUAUAGCAAUCAAUUGCAAAACUCAAUGCCCCCAACACCCACAAAGGAACCCGCACACCCGCCAUCGCCCAAAUAUAACACCAUAACUAAAGAGCAACGCACUUCCUUUCAUCAAUAUGAUCAUUCGCCGGGUUCUGAUCAGGAGAGUCCGCAUGUUGGCUACAGAGAGACGCGCCCAGCGCCCCUGCCGCCCAGCAUGUCGACGCACUCGAUGAAGGAAUACUAUCAGUCGGAUAGGCCCAGCUAUCCAGCGCACUAUCGGCACAGUCAAACGGAUUUGACGGAGUGGGAGGAGCAUCAACAGCCACCGCAGGUGCAUCACAAUCCCUAUGGUAGCCAAGUGCAGCUGCACUAUCCACAGCGACGCAGCGCCGGUCCCGAAACGGCUGGAGAGCGUUACGCUUACAGGAAUGGAAGUGCGCGAGAGAAUGGAGGCGAAUGGGAGGUCGAUGAUCGGUCGAGACCUAGACGACCCGAAGGUCGCUACAGUGAUACGGUUAGUACCGUUUCUGCCUCCGUACUGAAUCAUUUUGGGGGUUGUCAUCGACGGCCCGUCAAUCGAAACUCGAAUCUACUAUCCGCCACUUUGUGCCUGGUCAAGGAGCUGGAUUACGGCAGUCUGGAGGUUUUGGAGCACGCCGUGCGCUGUCGCAUUGACGAACUGGCAGGGGAAUGAUGAAAACGUGUGUCUAAUCGCAUGUCGAUUAGCUAAUAUUCUUAAGGGUCUACAAGAUCCGCAAAGGAAACCGCGUCAGAGGGACAGUUGGUAAUUUUUUUUUUAAUUUAAAGACCAGAAAAAAAGACACUCAGUAACACGACUCGAAAUUUUUUAACUUAUCAAUUUAAUGAAUUACAAAAAUGUUUAAACAAUACUUGCCAAUUGUAACUGUAAUAAUUGUUAACUUUUAUAAGCAUCGAUAAGCUGCAACUUUUCUAAAUGAAAUAUAUGAUAUACGUGAGAUAUAUGACGUACGUAGAA